GGCCACGUGUAACAAACUCAUAUAGGGCGGCUUAAACACUCACAAUGAAAACAUUUCAAACGGCAAAUCAACGGCUUCCCAAUGCCCGCAAUAACUGUUCAGAUUACCGGCGGUGAAGCACUUGGAGCUCGUCUCUCAAUGGUAUAGAUUUCUGCGCGUAGUUCGUGAAGCAAGUUGAGAAUGGCGCAUAUGAGAAAUCUCUUCUUUGGCGUGUAUGUUCUGGUUGCGAUAACGUCCGUGCAAUCCAAGCUGACAAUGCACCAGCAGCAUCUGAAAAUGCACCAGGAGAUUCUCAAGAAGAAAGAACAGGCAGCGGAGGCAGCCUCUACCAAGACGGAGGGAGAAGCAAGCGUGACUUCAAGGCCGGAGACGGACUCGGAGCCGUCGACUACAGAGCCCCGGACAGCUGGUCAAAAACCAGUCAGUGAGAAUCUGCCCAAAAAGCCCCUUAAAGUAAACCAACCUCCUGAGGGUAAGAGUCCCGACCGGGAGUCUUCACAGCCUGACAAAGCUUCCACAGGACAUGUCAAGGAGGCUCCAAAAUCAGGAGGUGCUUCAAAGAAACCACAAACGGGACACCCCGACCCCAAAGAAGUACCCAAGAAGCAAGGGGAUGCUUCCAGAGAUACAAACCAGAAACGCUCCACUGAACCUUCACAUCCCCCAACAAAAUCGCAGGACUCGGUCACAGAAGGCGGUAAGCUGGAAAAUAAAGUGUCACGAAACGAACCUCAACCGGUUGUGGACACCUUUCCCGCGAAAGAUCCAGUAUCCAAAGGAGAAGCGCCGGGGGCACAGGAGGAGCCAGUGGUUGUCUCUGAUGAUGACGUGAUUUUCAUUGACAAAGAGGUUGGGCAAGAGGAAGAGAACGGCAAGGAAGAUGUCCAGAGAUACCCAGACCCUGAUUUGGACAACGAGGACGGGGGAAUCGGUGAUCUCGAAGGGAGAGGGGCAGGGGGAGCGGCCAAGGAGGAAGAUGAUGAGGAGGAGGAUUAUCAUCCAGAUGAUUACUUCGAUAACAGGCAACAAGAGGAGGCAGGGGGCAGUGCCAAGCUGCGGGAAGACGAAGAGUUGGUCCGCUCCCUCGCUUACAAAGACUUCGAAGACGUGUUGUAUGAUGAGAAAUACAACAUGUUACAUUUUGUCUCCGAAGGUUGUGAUGAGUGCGAGAGAUUCCGACCGCAUUUCCGGGAGGCAGCUCGCAAGUUCUGGCAGAUGGAGGACGAUUCCAAGGAGGUAGUGAGCGUGAAUUUUUACGAAGUGACGGAUCCCAAGCUCCUGGUCAGGUUCAACCUGAGGUGGCUACCCACCGUGUUCUUUUUCAGGGACGGGGUGCCGAUCUUAUACGAAGGCGAUUUAAACGCAGAAUCUUUGGUGAGUUGGGCGUUUGCCAAUCUUGAGGUCCGGGGCUGGUCACUGACGGACGCAAAUUUUGACAAAGAGACAGAGGGAACCAAAGACCCUACCUCCACGUUGCAGUGGCUCGUUCAUUUCUGUGACGUGGAUGCGGUUGGUUGUGAUGGUUUCAUGGCGACUUGGGAGAACGCAGCAUCUAGGCUAAAAGGUGAAAUCGAGUUCGGAUACGUUGACGUGGGGACCGAGGCUGGCCUUUUCAAGCGGUUUAACGUGGAUCCGAAGAAACUGCCGAUUGUUGUUCUCUUAAAGCAAGGUCAAGCAUACUGGUGCACGCUGCCUCUUAUCGAGCUGACACCAGAGAGCAUAGUCCACUUUGCCAAAGAAGGACAUCUGAAGAUAGAGAAAGAAGAAGUGCCCAGUAAACUAAGCAAACUAGCGACAGCAUUUGUUAUAGCGAGUUCGAAUAUAAAGGCCAUUGGAAUUACGAUAGUCGUGACUUCUUUGUUGUUAUACAUCAUCUACAUCUGCGUCUUUCGUAGGCGGGAGCUCUCGGAUGUCGGGAACAAAAAAGCAGUUUGACGCAUCCUGAAGUUGAUAUGAUUAAACAAGGGUGGUGGGGAAAUGAAGUAACUUUGGAGAAAAGAGCAGAUCACAUCUGGUAACGGUAGAUGUUUUCCUCCUUCAUGUACGUUUAAAUAUCCAUGGGGUUUAGGUUUGAAAUUAACUCCUGGACACGAACAAACGUAAGCAACUCGAUUAUCUGUAAUUCUAAUAAGCUUUCCUCUAAAACUUUAUUUUACAGGUUUAUUUUAACAUGAUUUGUUAGCUUUUUUAAACCCAAAAAGUAUACGUGUAUAUGAGUCUAUAGAAAAGUUUCAGUCCUACGGAAGUGCCUUUAUUACAAUUUCAACGUUGAAGGGUGAGAUUUUGUCGUUGACGAGUUUCGUUACUGUUUUGUUUCCUCAGUACUAUUUUAUAAUUUAGAAUUACAAUAUUUACAUAUGGUUAAUUACACAUGCAUGCAUAUUACAAGGCUGAAAAUUAAUACAAUUCAUUUUUGGCUUUUUUCUUUUGCCAUUUUUUUUUUUACAGUAGCCAAUAUAUUCACAAAAAUAACUCUUAAAUAAGUUUGAAAAAUAAAUCCUGCUUUGUUGUGUAUUUCAUACUGCACUACAUAUCGGCACAAAGCUAACAGUUGCAUAACACAGGCGUUCUUUUAUCUUAAAUAACCGACGUGUAUUACUUGAACACUGUACUUUCAUUAACAAAUUUAUCAUUACACAUGAACAAGCCAGACAUUAUCCAAGGACCGAGCUGGGAUAAGCUAACAGAUUUUCUAAGUUGGGAAAAAGUAUUAAUCAGCAAAAUAAGGUUACCAGCUAAUAAUUCACGUGAUUCAUAUUGCUUGUGACUGGAUGUCUGCUAAUAUUUUACUGAGCAUUUACAAUUUCAACUAAAAUUGUUGGUUUUUGCUUAGAAGCUCCAUUAAAAUUUCAACAAAAAUAUGUCGAACUGUUAGGCCUCAGUCUUAAUAUAGGCCUUGGUCAUGUGUUUUGGUCCUGUGCUCUGAUACUGCCUUGCCAUUCAACACUUUACCGCUACCCUCCUCACUAUUCUGAACCCCACACCCAUUCAAGGUACUAAAUGUUCCUCCUAUACUACCAACUCCUCUUCAUUAUAUAUGAAUAGUUUUUUACAUAUGCAUAUGUAAAAAGACUUGUUGGAAUAAUUUUAGCUUGUGUUGGACUAUGUGACGUGCUCUCACAUAAUGAGUUGACAUUUAUAGUCAAGAGAUCUCAAUGAUCUGAAUAUUUCAGGAAAAGCUGUGUUAUUAAAUACAGAAAUGUUGAUGUCGAUAGAUACUUAGGUUGAUGAAAUCUUUAAGAUAUCUGGCGUUCAGUGUUCUUAAAGUAGAUAAUUUGGAGAUGUAUCUUUAGAAUGAUUUAAUAGCAUAUUGGUGGCUUACAUCUCAUUUUGUGAGAGCAGAGCAUUAUAUUUCGGAAACUGCAAUUCAAGUUGGUAAACUGCAAUAACACUUUGUCAUUACCUGUAAAUUGGUAAAGUUUUAAAACAUCUGAUGAUAACUUCUCUGAAUUACAUACCUCACUUUAAAUUACAACAUAAGCUGCAAGGUCGAUUCUUUGCUUUAUAAAAAUCAAUCAAAUAAACCGUUUAAAGAUUUUAAACGAAUCUUUUUCCAUCUAGUGCAAUAAAAGUACUUUGACAACCUCAGGCAAAAAUGUAGUUAUACUGGCUACAGUAACAAUGCAACAUUACAGCAAGGCAUACUCAUUGUUACACACUGGCAACAAAUUAAGCAUAAUAGUCCACCAAAAUCCCACACCUCUUGUGGGAUUCUGAAGACAAUAAAGAGAAAAUUAUUAACGAGAAACUCAUCAGUACUGGCUCAAACUGAGGUGAAUUGUUUAGUUUAAGAUUUCUUUUAUACUUAAUUGUUCUUUCCCCAAAAAAACACUU